AUGAGGUGGUCGCUGCAGGCCUCCAUCAGCCUAACCAGCUUCCUGUGCCCGCCCCCACCGACCUUUCCAGCCACGCAGUGUAAGUGGAAAUCAAGGGGCACUGAAUCUGCACCUUACCCUCUGUGUGCAGGUGGGCCCCAGGCGAGCCUCCUCAUUGCCCUUCCUGUGAAAUAUCGCCUUUUCCUAUUUUUGAUACUCAUUUUUUUUCAAAAGCCUAAUUUAUUUUUGCUUGACAUUACUCAAAUUUUAAAACCUGAAUUUUACCUUGUAAGCAAGGGAUUUAGUCUGAACUGUGUAUCAAAGUUACCAGACAUAAAUAUCCAUUAA